AUCUUUCGUUACAACUUGAGACGCAAGCCCGCUAUCAUCUGUUCUCCACUCGAUAAGGCCUACAGAAUUGGUCACGGUAUUACCUUGGGCUUCUCUGACAUGUAUUAGACCUCAAGUUAGUACGUGUCCGGGCUAGCGCGGCCUGCGUUCGGAAGCAUGGAAGGCGCGGACGACAUCAGCCACUGCUUCAAGCACAAACCUCUCGACACUCGAAGACAGCAAAUUCGACUGGUUUGCAUUACUCCCACGUCUUCUGGCGAUAUCAAAUGCCAGCUCAGAAAUGCCUACCUCGAAGACGACACAACACCUGAUUAUCGAGCGGUCUCAUAUGAAUGGGGACCAAGCUCACCGCUUCGGCGCAUCUACAUCGACGGUCGGCCUUUGGAAGUGCGUCAAAACUUGUACGCAUUCCUCGAAACUUUCAGGACGAGACUCUUCAAGUUCCAAAGUAACAGUCUACAUGAGGCCGACACACAAUGGUUAUGGAUCGAUCAGAUCUGCAUCAAUCAAACGGUGAUUACCGAACGCAACCAUCAGGUGAGGCUGAUGUCCGAGAUCUAUAGUCGGGCCGCCUACGUUUACGUGUGGCUCGGACCAUGUCAAUCUGAUAUUGAAGCGGCAAUGACGGUGUUGAAGUCUGGUCUGAGACGGUACUACGAAGAGAGAACUACACUGUCGCCUACGAAGGGACCAAUGCGGUGCCAGAUCUCGGGAACCGAGGAGCAUUGCCAUCCCAACAAGAAGCCCUACUCUGAGCCAGAGUCAAGUAGCUUGCCGGCCGCGGCACUCAGAUGCUUCUUCCUCAAUACGUACUGGAAAAGACUUUGGAUUGUACAAGAGAUCAUGCUAGCCCGAUAUAUCCGUAUCAUGUGCGGGGAAACUUUACUUUCAUGGGAAGAGCUGAGGCGAUUUUGUCUCUCAAGUGCAUCUCCAUUGCUGGCGCAGGUUCGGUACUGUAUACCGCAGCAGGUGAUAUGGCUUGUGGAACACGCGCUCUCGGCAAAGAAGUACACUUAUACGAGUCUGCUUGCGACCUUCAGCAGAAGCGAUUGCCACGACCCCAAAGAUAAGGUAUAUGGUUUGCAAGGUCUGGUCGCGCCCGGCUCGAGAGUAUCAGUCAACUACGCUAAAAGCAUCCGAGAAGUGUUUCUGGAUGCUGUGGGCUUACUGUAUGAACACGAGGGUCAUGCAGCUGAAGUCGAGGUUGGAGGCGGUCUUGAACAGAUUGACUACAGUGACCCGGCAGAGACAAUGCUCCAAGCUUCCUCUAUCCUGAACGCACAGAUGGAGGUAAACACCCGAAUUCCGCUGGUGACUGCGCUUGUGGAACUGGGUAAUCAGAUGGGAUUUCCUUUGGUGCGAAUGUAUGCGACUUGCAUAGGCGGAACCAUCCAGAAGCGAGCAAAGUCUCUAUGGUCUCAGCUCAUAGGAUACUACCUUCAAGAACGUAUACCCGCCCUCUAUAUACGAAGGCAAUUUGUAUACAACGAGAAGGAGUUUCAUGAUAGGAAUUACGAUCCGACUGGAUUGAUCAGAGAUUUGUGGGAAGCAUACGAAGAGUUGGAAUAUGUUCACACUCGUUUCCUCCACUGGAUUGGACGUCAUAAUCAUACCGAGCAAUACAUAUACGACCGCAUGUAUGAGGACCACCAAGCGUGGAAAACUCUACUGAGUAUCUGCUUCGUCGUGUCAACGCUGUGGUAGAACCUCUUCAUGAUUACAAUGAGCGUCACAUCACCUAUAGAACCGAUCUAGAGAUUGCUGUGGAGAAGGUUGCUUUCAGAAUAGUCGCAACCACUUAUGACGCGACUCUGGUGUCGGAGCGCCGCAGCAAUUCGCAGAAUCAGUCAGCCCUUUGGUCAUAGCAACCGAACCUUGGCGAUCAAGGUUUGUGCUCGUUCCCCGAGCUGCCUCGCACAGUGAAGCAGCGGGCCACCUGUCGUACUACUCUCGGCCCUCUAUGAC